GCAUGCUUUACGGCUAUUAAGAUAGUAUUACAUUGCAACAAAUUGUUGCUAGUCGAUGAUUUAUUACGUUGCGCGUGAAACAUCAUAAUCCAGUUAAAUUUAAUCGCAUUAAGAAGCCCCAAGCCCGCCUUAUAAAACCCUCGAAAAACUCGAAACCCGCCAAACGCUAGCAUGGUUUUCAACUUCCGCGUGUUCAAAAAACAAGCUCCAAAUGGCAAACUCACGAUGUACUUGGGCAAGCGCGACUUUGUCGACCACAUCUCAGGGGUUGAACCCAUCGACGGAGUCGUGGUGGUGGACAACGACUACAAAGACCGAAAAAUCUUCGGCCAAAUCAUUUGCAGCUUCCGGUACGGACGAGAAGAGGACGAAGUCAUGGGUUUGAACUUCCAAAAAGACCUUCACUUGGCCACCGAACUUGUGUACCCACCUCCGAGCGACAAGCAAAAUUUUACCAAACUCCAGGACCGGCUCAUGAGAAAACUCGGCCCGAAUUGCUUUCCUUUCACUUUCACGCUUCCGCCCAAUGCGCCCGCAUCUGUCACCCUCCAGCCGGGGCCUGAAGAUGAGGGCCAACCCUGCGGAGUGCAUUAUUACGUCAAGCUUUUUGUUGGAGAGAACGAAACCGAUCGGUCCCACAAAAGGAGCACCGUUUCGAUGGCUAUCAGGAAAGUGCAAUACGCCCCUUCGAAACAAGGGCGCCAACCUUGCACCGUAGUCCGAAAGGACUUCAUGCUGAGUCCUGGCGAACUGGAGCUGGAAGUGACCCUAGACAAGCAGUUGUACCACCAUGGCGAAAAAAUCGCAACGAAUAUUUGCAUUCGGAACAACAGCAAUAAAAUUGUGAAAAAGAUUAAAGUCAUGGUACAACAAGGAGUGGACGUGGUACUGUUCCAAAACGGCCAGUACAGAUCCACUGUGGCUAGCAUCGAAACCCAGGAGGGUUGCCCUAUUCAGCCUGGCUCAAGUCUCCAAAAAGUCGUCUAUUUGGUGCCCCUACUCUCUACCAAUAAGGACAGACGCGGGAUAGCACUUGACGGCCAAUUGAAACGCCAGGAGACGAAUUUAGCCUCUACGACUUUGUUGGCGUCACCUGAUCAGAGGGACGCCUUCGGGAUCAUUGUCUCGUAUGCUGUUAAGGUUAAGCUGUAUUUGGGGGCUUUAGGGGGCGAACUGGCCGCCGAAUUGCCUUUCAUUUUGAUGCAUCCGAAGCCGGAUAACAGGGGCAAAGUCAUUCAUGCCGACAGUCAGGCGGAUGUGGAAAUGUUCAGACAGGACACCAUGGAUAAUGACAUUGACGAAUAAAAUCAUUGAACCUAUAUGAUACAAGAUAAGUCUGCUGAAAGUACUUUUUCCUAUUAAUUUGUCAAUAAAAAAUUGCACAGAAUUUAGCGUCCUAAGUUCUACUAAAUACUUUAUUUUUCGCCAUGCGUGUGAUUUUUUUCAGAAUUUUUCGAUAUUUAAUAUUAAUGAGUUAGAAAAUAGCGAAAUUUUAAUAGUAUUUCUAGAGUUAAUAUAAAACAAACGAUGGUAAAAUAUAGUUUAAAACAUGGCUGUUAGCCCCAAUACUUCUUUUAUUUGAUUUUUUGUUUUUAUUUAAUUAAUGAUUUUUGGAGCUAGCGACAUUUUAGUAGCUCUUAGUGAACAUGCAUUAUUUAUAAAGAAUAAAUGUAUAAAAAUUCUGAAAAAAUUGAAAAAUUAUAAUCAAUCAAUUAAUUUAACAGAAAACGCUGAUUUCUGUACGGUUAUUAUUUUUAGAGAUAAGUAAAAAUGUUUGCAGACUCACCUUGUACACACGUAAUAAUUAUUAAAUUAUUUGUUAAUGAUUGCUGUGUAACGGUAAUAUUCGUAUUUUCAGCUUAUUUGGUAACUUUAUUAUUUAACUUUGUUAUUUUGAUUGUCUUUAUUGUAGUUUUUGUUUGUGCUUUGUUUGAAUUAAAACGCUAUAACACGAA